CUACUCCUCAGACCUGAAACCCAGGCCCCCCUUAACCUCUCCCCUACAGAGCAGCAGCACUAGCUGAGUAAACCACAACCACACACAUAGUGAUAUAUGAACCCACACAUAUGUUUUCACAAAUGUGAACAGAUCUACACACAUGUAAACACAUGUAAACAUAUACAUACAUUGACCACUACUGAUGUUGAUAAGGCUGAUAUUAUGAUGUUGGUGUUACAGUACUCAUAUAAGAGCUAGUCACUGAUUGGUCACAGAGGACACACUCAGUACACAGGAAUACCACACUGACUUCCUGUUGUUGUUUUCAUGGUGCUGUCAUUCAGCCUGAGGAAGAGAGUCCAAACAUUGUUAUUACAAGUUCAUUUGUCACAUAUAUCUCUCCCCUUCACACAUAUUGACUAGAGUGUGGAUGUUAACUGAUUGGCCACUGUUCAUUGAUAAACACAGAGAUCAUUCAUCAGAUGUGAUAAAAACAACUGUUUAACACUGGGUAUAUAGCACAUCCUCCAAUGCAUCUUGGGUAUUGAAGUUUACUAUUAUCACCACCAUAGUUUAGUGUUCCAAAUAAAAUGGUCAACGAUGAAAAAUAACACUAUCUCUAUUCACUAAUUAAAAGUCAGUUUUAAAACUCACUAGUUGAAUGCUAUAUAUUCAUGAAUGCUAAUUGGCUAUAUAUAUGAGACAAUAUACCACAGGUACAAUGCAAACAACUUAUUUACUGUUCUAAUUAUGUUGGUAACCUGUUUAUAACAGCAAUAUGGCACCUUGGGUGGUUGUGGUAUAUGGCCAAUAUAUCACAGCUAAUGGCUGUAUCCAGGAAUUCUGUGUUAAAGGUCUAAAGGUCUACUUUAGGUCUAACAUUAGACCUACUUCCUGACUACAGGUAUAAAGGUCUACUUUAGGUCUAACAUUAGACCUACUUCCUGACUACAGGUAUGAAGGUCUACUUUAGGUCUAACAUUAGGACUACUUCCUGACUACAGAUAUAAAGGUCUACUUUAGGUCUAACAUUAGGGCUACUGCCUGAUUACAGUUAUAAAGGAUUAUAGGUCUAUUAGCCUAUUUUAAGACUCUGUAUAAGUGUAUUUUCUGGUUUAAUGGUUAACUCAGUCAUCAAAAUGUGUGUUUGUUUCUUCGUAAUGUCUACAGGUCUCUUAAGGUGUUGCUAUCUAAGGUGAACACCUCAAAGAAGCUGAAUAAUUUCCAUUAAAUUCACGUUAUUGUGAAACCUGUUUACCUCGAUGCUAGACCCCCCCCUUCAUGUCACACGAAAAGGUUUUCAGGGAAAAGGACCACAGGCUGAAAACUUUCCACUCGAUCGAACCAAUCGCUGCUCGUAUGUCCUUUCAUGGUAAAGUACAUCUAAUCAUGAACACAGAAAUACACAGCAAAGACCUUUUUACUCAAAGACCCAGCUACUCUCUGACAGUCACCAUCAGACCAUCAGACCGCAACAUGGACAGGCUGUGUGUCACCCUGAUUGCAUUCUUAUGUGCUGUUUCCUCCAGUCAGGAUGGGAUCUCUACAGCAGAGGUGGAGAUGAGAGUCAGACCAGGAGACAACAUCACUCUCUACUGUGACUGUAACUUAUCUUCUGGAAUAUACAUUAUGUGGUAUAGGAACUGUUCUCACAAGUACCAGCCUCCUCUUGUUAUUUUAACUAAGUUUUUAAGUUCCAUCUCUCUUCCUGGAUAUAAUGUGGUGUGGAACCCCUCUAACAUCUCCUAUGAUCUACUGAUUGAGAACAUCACUGAAUCUGACCUGGGACUCUACUACUGUGGGACUGUGGAGUACAAGUUUCAAGAAGGAAAACGAAUGAAAUAUAAAGAGUUGUUCCAGUAUGGAAACAUCACCACUAGGAUUUCACUUGAAACCAGUCCUCCUGCCAGUCUAUUGCCAGAAACCAGUCCUCCUGACUGUCUAUUGCCAGAAAUCAGUCCUCCUGAGCCAUCCUCAUCCUCCCCUCCUCCUGUAGACUGUGGUCUGUGUUGGAUGUUGCUGUUCAGUCUGUGUCCUGUAUCUGCUCUCCUCUACUCCGCCUGUGUUUACUCCUUCUACAGAACAACAGCUCCAACUGAGACUCAGGUUCCUCUGAACAGGACUACCACCAGGGGAAAUGACAGCAGAGAGCAGACUACAGUCAAAGUGGGUGUUGUAGCCAUAUUUUGGGAGGAAGGAGACCUGUGUCACGCCUCGUUGGAUAUCCGUCAGGAACAGAGGAGACCAAGGAAGAAGGAGUCCAGAACUCUGACUUCA